AUGAAUGGUGCAGAAGAUGAAGUAGAGAAAGGUGCAAGCUCAAAGAUACAAAAUGAUAAGCAUGUUUUGCUUGGGAAUGAUGCUCAUAUGGUAGUCGACAUGCUCGACCAUUGGAAUGAUGGAAUUCUAUCCAUUGGAACUAUUGCUAUUAGUCCCUUGGAGGCUUGUAAGUAUGGAAUGCUCGAGGAAGAAGAUGAUGUUCGUGACCACGAAAUGGCUAACAUUGUCAAUGAACAUGAUGUUGAUAUCGACAACUAUGAAAUUGAAUGUGAUAAUGAAGCAAGUCCUUUGAUGAAUGUCGAGUUUUUUAGCCAUGAAUUGGAGAAGGUUAUUGGUGCUAACCAUGAGAUCAUUGAGGAAGAAGUUGUUGAAAAUGUUGUGGAAUUGAAAGAUGCUAAUAAUUGUGAUGUUAAUGAGAAUGAAGGACAAACUAAGAGGAGAGUUACUCUUGCUGACCUUUUCUUAGAAGACUCUGAUUAUCACCCUGUCAAAGUGUUGAAAGAGCAAUGGAAAACUAAGCUUUGA